AUGGCAUUAGCUGCAAAAGGCAAACUUCUAGCUAUUGGUAUCAAUCUCGGAACAACAUAUUCAUGCGUUGGCGUUUGGCAAAACAAUCACAUUGAGAUCAUACCCAAUGAGCAGGGCAACAGAACAAAGCCAUCCUAUGUUGCUUUUACAGACACUCGACGUUUGAUUGGUGAUGCCGCCAAAAACCAGGUCGCUAUGAACCCCAUCAACACUGUUUUCGAUGCAAAACGACUGAUUGGUAGGAAAUUCAGUGAUGCAUGUGUCAAGAAUGACAUGAAGCUAUGGCCUUUCAAGGUGCAUAGAGAUAUGUGGAAUAGGCCAAAGAUUGUGAUCAACUACAAGGGUAAGGAGAGGCAGUUUUCUGCUAAGGAGAUAUCUUCCAUGGUUCUCUAUAAGAUGCAUCAAAUAGUUGAGGCCUACCUUGGAUUGAUGGUAAAAAAUGCUGUUAUAACUGUCCCCGCAUAGUUUAAUAAUAUUGAACGUCAGGCCACAAAGGAUGCCGGUGUUAUCGCUGGUUUGAAUGUCAUGCGCAUCAUCAAUGAGCCAACAACUGUUGCCAUUGCCUAUGGUCUUGACAAAUUAUGCACAAAUGUUGGUCAAAAGAAUGUUCUUGUUUUUGAUCUUGGUGGUGGUACUUUUGAUUUUUCUCUUCUCACAAUAGAAGAGGGAGUUUUUGUGGUAAAAGCUAUUACUGGAAAUACUCAUCUAGGGGGUGAAGAUUUUGACAAUAACAUGGUGAAUCAUUUUGCCCAAGAAUUCAAGAGGAAGAACAAUAAGGACCUUAGCAAUAAUCCUAGAGCAUUGAGGAGAUUGAGGACAUCUUGUGAGAGAGCAAAGAGGACACUCUCUUCGAUUGCUCAAACCACAAUUGAUAUUGAUUCUUUAUUCGAGGAUGUUGACUUUUACACUGAAAUAACCAGAGCAAAAUUUGAGGAGUUCAAUAUGGAUCUCUUCAAAACAUGUUUGGAGCCUGUGAAGAAGUGUUUUUUAGAUGCUAAAAUGGACGAGGUUGUUCUUAUCAGUGGUUCUACUAGAAUUCCAAAGGUACAACAGUUAUUGCAAAACUUUUUUAACUGUAAGGAGCUUUGCAAGAACACCAAUCUUGAUGAAGUAGUUGCAUAUGGGGUCGCCGUGCAAGCUACAAUUUUGGACGGUGAGUUUGAGAAGGUCAAUGACUUGCUGUUGUUGGAUGUCACUCCACUUUCCCUCGGUGUGGAGGUUAUAGGAGGAAUUAUAUCUAUUAUCAUCCCAAAAAACACUACCAUUCCCACUGAGAAAGAAUGAACUUACACAACUACCUGUGAUAGACAAGAAGGUGUGACUAUUAAUGUGUAUGAGGGCGAAAGAACAAAAGUCCAAGAAAACAUGUUGUUGGGUACAUUUGAGCUUUCAGGAUUCCAUCCUGCUCCUAGGGCUUUACUUCAGAUUAAUGUUAGCUUUAAGAUCGAGGUCAAUGGAAUUUUGAAUGUCUCUGCAGAGGAAAAGCUAUCAAGUAAGAAAAAUAACAUCACAAUCAAAUAUAACAAGGGUGGGCAACCCAAUCAAAAUUAA